AUGCUAUUAGUACCAAAGAGAUCUCAACCGCGUAUUUUAAAUGCAUCCUUAUGUCCAAAAUUACCAUUAUAUCCUACUCUACCAAUUGGUGGAGUUUGUAUACCAGUCAAUUUUAUUAAUCAAAGCAAUUUUGCAAAUCUUCAAUUUAAUGCUGAUUCAGAAUUUACAUUAUCAUUAUAUCAAAUAAUUAUAUGUGGUUUAAUGGGAUCAGUGCUUAGUCUUUUGGUCAUUGGAGCUAUACGUUUUGUACCGGCUGGAUUUUGUACAUAUAUAUUUGCUUAUACAAUAUCAGCUUAUUCAUUACUGAUCCUAUUUCUAAUUGUUCGUUUAUGGAUUCAUAUAAUGAGUUUGAAACAUGCUUAUUGGUGGAGAAAUGAUUUAUUCAAUCAAAGUCAUUUAUUAAGUCAUGUAUUAUUUAUCAUUAUUCUGUUCAUAUGUUUAUUUAUUUUAAUUUAUGUAAUUUGUUUAAAUUCAUCAUUGAAACAAUAUUCAACAAGUCAAUGGAGAAAUACAACACAAUUUAUUAUUGAAGCAUUAUUUGUACUGGUGUCAGAUUGUUUAAAUGAAUUAUAUGGAUUUGUAUUAUUAAUAUUAAUGAUUAUUUUAAUUGGAAAUGGAUUAUUAUGCUUUAUAUUUGUAUAUAGUAUAUUGCAUAUAUUAGCUAUGGUUGAACCAAUUCGUUUAAAAUCAACUGGAUGUUUGGAUUUUCGACAAAUUGGUUGGAUUCAAUAUGGUUUUUUACCAAUAUAUUUAUUAUAUUUUCUAUGGAUGAUACGUUUUUAUUCAAGUUUUUGUCAAAUAUUCACAACAACAUUUAUUUCUAAUUGGUAUCGUUCAAGUGAAUCGACGCAUAAAUUAUUUACAAUUCAUGUAUUAAAUCAAAUUUUGUAUAGAAUACUGUAUCAAUUGAUUGGAAGUUUAAGUUUCGCUUCAUUAAUGAAUUAUAUUACAUGGCCAUUAUUGCAAUUAUUAUGUUUAUACAGAAUGAUUAAUUUGGCUAUAAAAUAUCAAAAAACAAAUUUUUUAUCAACUAACAAAACUACCAUGAAAUGUGCACAGAAAUUACAAAAUUUCGAAUGGCAAAUACAUCAUUUAGAUUGUAAUAUAUUUACAUUGAUUAUCCUUGAAAAACAAUCAUUUUAUCAAUCAUGGCAACAAUUAAAUUCAAGUUUAGUGAAUAUUCAAUCAUUAAAUAAUAUAAUUGAAUUAAUACGCUGGUCAGAAUUUUUAUUAACUUUAGCCAAGUUAACUAGUUCAGCAUUGGCUACAUUAUUUGGUUUAAUUUAUUUUUCUGUGAGACCGCCAGCAUUAAUUGCAUUUCCUAUCAUAGCAAUUAUCUCAUUUGGAUUUAGUUAUUUUAUUUCAAGUGUUAUACUAGCUACUUUACAAAGACCGCCAGCAUUAAUUGCAUUUCCUAUCAUAGCAAUUAUCUCAUUUGGAUUUAGUUAUUUUAUUUCAAGUGUUAUACUAGCUACUUUACAACAUAUUCUAUCUACAAUAGUAAUUUGUUAUUGUUUACAAGAAUGUAAAUUUGCUGAAGAUGAACUAUUUGGUCGAGAGUCAAGUUUUAUAUUUCGACAUGAAAAUUUCAAGUGUCAUUUGGUGAAAUUAUUAAACACCACAAAUACAAAACCUAAUAGUAGUACACUGCGUAAUGGAUGUGUACCAGAUAAAUUUCACAAUCAAUCAUCAUCUGGUUCUUUUCAAAACUAUCGUAAUCUUGAUAUACAAUGGAUAGAGAAUACUGAUGGGGAUGUGAUUAGUGUUAAAGGAUUUUCAUUGAAUCCUCCUCCUCCUCCUCCUACACUUACAAAGAAAACAAUCAGUUGUAUACGAUCAUAAUCAUAAAACUAAAGAGUACUUGUUUUGUGUUCAAUGUAAAGUUUACAGACAACUACUCGCUGCCAUUCAUACAAUGGAUACUGCGCAACAUUACGUAAUGAGAGCUUUUAAUUUGUACUGAUGAUAGAACAGAAAUGCUUUGUACAGUGUCAUGUUUAGUUUCCUUCCUUCAUUCUUUUUCCACAUUACUACAAAAAACAACUAUUGUUAAUAUUAUUAUUAUGAUAAUGAUUGUUUACAUUCGCACAUUUUCAAAUGUUGCGCUUUAAAAUUGACAAUUGAAUUCACGCAGCCGCCGCCACCGCCAAAUACGAAACAUUCUCCAUGUUUUUUUUAAAUAUUUUUGUUUUGUUGAUAAAUUUAUUGAUUUAUUGUUUCAUUUUGAAAUGUGUAAAUAGAUUGAAAGUUUUCUCUUUUUGUUUUAAUGAUAUAUGAUGCAUGUUGCAUGUUUGCGUAACAUUUAAAUUUUUUGUGUUUUAAUUUGUGUAAAUUUUUAUAACACAUGAUUUGG